AUGCAGAGCAUGACGAUCGAUAUGACGUACCCGGUGUCGGAGGGUGGAGACGGGAUCCUGGCCACCAUCGACCGGGUGUGCAAGGAAGCGUGCGAAGCCGCCAAGUCCGGCUAUCAGUUUCUCAUCCUCUCUGACCGAUCCGUCAGUCCCGAACGGUUGGUUUACACAUUAUCAUCAAAUCCGAAGAAUAACCACUACUUUUGGUAUAUUGUACUGUCAUGGAUCGGCGACAUACGUGUGAUGCCAUAUGGAGGAGGAAAAAGAUGUGUAGAAGCGGAUGCCAGGAGUCGGGUACCGGUGAGUGCUCUGCUGUGCUUGGGGGCAACCCAUCAUUUCUUGAUCGAGGCCAGGCAGAGGAUGAAGGUUGCGCUCCUCCUCGAGACCGGUGAAGCCAGGAUUCUGAGGGGGGCUGGCAUUGGUGUUAAGCCUGUGUCUGGAGAUGACCUCCGUGAAAGGAGCAGGGUCGUUGUCCUCAUUGAGCGGGACUUCAAUCGACACGCCCUCCCUAGGGUUGGUGUUCUUGCUUUCCUUGAGGGAGGAGGUGGUGUGCUUUUAUUGCGCCUUUUGGCGCGGGAGCGUGUCCCGGUCCCUGGACCCAUGAAUCAAGGAUUGGUUGGAGCGGAGGUGCAUCACAUGUGCGUGUUGAUCGGCUACGGAUGCGAUGCCAUCUGUCCAUAUCUCGUCCUCGAGACCAUGUUCCAGCUGAGGAAGGAAGGGGUCAUCGAUCGAUACCUGAAGGACUUCGACGUUUUCGGGAACUAUGCGGCAGCGAUGGAACGAGGGAUUGCCAAGGUGAUGGCCAAGAUGGGGAUAUCGACCAUGUUGUCUUAUAAGGGUGCUCAAAUCUUCGAAGCCGUUGGGCUUGGGCCCGAGAUCAUCGACAAGUGUUUCAAGAAUUCGGCAUCUCGUCUGGGCGGGAUCACUUUCCGCCACUUGGCCGAGGAGACAUUCGACCGUCACAGGAUCGCCUUCGAUAGCAAAGAAUGCGAUUCCCUAAUUCUUCGCAAUCCUGGCUUCUAUCACUGGCGGAAUGGCGGGGAACAACACGUGAAUGACCCCCUCAGCAUUGCUCGUCUCCAGGAAGCUUCGAAGAGUAACAGUCCAGAAACAUACCGGCAAUACGUGGAGGAUGCAAUUAAGUCGAUCAGGGCGUGCACCCUCAGAGGUCAACUGGAGUUCAUUCCGAGUGAGAAGCCAAUCGAUCUGAGCGAGGUCGAGCCCGCAUCCGAGAUCGUCAAGAGAUUUGCCACUGGGGCGAUGAGUUUUGGAAGCAUCUCGUAUGAGGCUCACACUUCCCUCGCCAUCGCCAUGAAUCGCGUCGGUGGCAAGUCCAACACCGGGGAAGGAGGUAGGCAAAACAACCACAUCGCACCUUUGAAGAAUGAAAAAAAUAAGGAAUUGAUGAAAUUUUGCGAGAGCCCGGACCGAUAUUUGUACCACGACCCAGAGUACAACUUGAGAUCGGCGAUCAAGCAGGUGGCGAGCGGGCGAUUCGGGGUGACGGCAACAUAUUUGGCCAACUCAGAUGAAAUUCAGAUUAAGAUGGCCCAAGGUGCCAAACCUGGCGAGGGUGGAGAAUUGCCUGGUUACAAGGCGAAAGCAGAGCACAUAACGAUCUCGGGUCACGACGGAGGGACGGGAGCAUCGUCAUGGACAGGCAUCAAAGGGGCUGGGUUACCCUGGGAACUAGGAAUCGCUGAGACACAUCAGGUCCUCACCUUGAAUGACCUUAGGUCAAGGAUCGUCCUCCAAGUCGAUGGGCAAAUCCGCACAGGGUUUGAUGUCUUGAUCGGGGGAAUGUUGGGGGCUGACGAGUUUGGCUUCAGCACGGCUCCUCUCAUCGUACUUGGAUGUACCAUGAUGCGCAAGUGUCACCUUAACACCUGCCCUGUCGGCAUCGCCACUCAGGAUCCCAUCCUUCGCAGGAAAUUCCAAGGGAAACCCGAACAUGUCAUCAAUUACCUUUUCCUUCUCGCCGAAGAGGUGAGGGGAUACAUGGCGUGCUUGGGGGUGAGGAAAUUUCAGGAUUUAAUAGGGAGGACGGAUUGGCUGCGUGUCCGUAAGGACGUGAGUGGAAAGUCUUCCUUCCUCGACUUCUCCGCCGUUCUGCAGAAUGCAUCCUCCCUGAGCCCCGACGUGAACAUUGUCGCCGCCUCCGUUCCCCAGGACUUUCAGUUGGACAGCCGUCUAGAUUCUGUACUGAUCGAAAAGGCGAAGGAUGUCCUAGAAAAGAAGGCCAAGAAGGUAGACAUUGAGAUGGAGGUAGAGAAUUCCCAGCGUACCUUCGCUGCCACCCUCUCCUACCAGAUCGCUCUAAAGAGUCUAUUUGGCAGGAAAUUCGGGGAGAUUGGUCUGCCAGAUCAUUCCAUCAACAUCAAGCUUAAGGGCUCAUCUGGGCAGAGUUUCUGCGCUUUCCUCGCCCGAGGGAUCCAUGUCACGUUGGAAGGCGAUGCUAAUGAUUACGUUGGAAAGGGUCUGUCGGGUGGGGAGGUGGUGAUCUUCCCACCAAAAGACAUGGGAGAAGAUUUUAAAAGCGAGGAGAACGUCAUCGCCGGGAAUGUGUGUCUCUAUGGUGCCACUUCUGGGAAAGCCUUCUUUCGCGGUGUUGUCGCCGAACGAUUUUGCGUCCGCAAUUCCGGCGCCUUCGCCGUCGUCGAGGGAGUAGGAGACCACGGUUGCGAAUACAUGACAGGGGGCCGAGUCGUGAUCUUGGGACCGACAGGACGGAAUUUUGCCGCCGGUAUGUCCGGUGGUAUCGCCUACGUCUACGACCCACACGGCACCUUCAAAAAGAAAUGCAAUACGGUGAUGGUGGAGCUGCUCCCGCUGCUCUUCGACGAGGACAUCCAGCUCGUUUACCGGCUCCUAAUUGAGUUCUAUGAAAAGACGGAUUCUCAGGUCGCCAAGAGGAUAUUGGACCAAUGGCCCCACCCAACCAAGAAGUUUAUCAAGGUGUUCCCGUUCGAGUACCAGCGAGCGAUGCGUCAGGUACAAGGGCGGGCGCUAGUGUAUCAGGGGAGUCGGAGCCUCAGCCGGCAGGGAUCUUCCAUCUCUCAGACGGAUUUCCUUUUUCCACCUGGAAGUCCCACCGUUAAGAGUGGUCAUGAGGUCCACGACACAGCUCCUAUCAAGGACAUUGAGGAUGUACUGAGGGACGGACACAUCGAAAGACAAUGUGAAUUUGACAGAGGGUUCGUGAAGUACCGCCGGGAAAUCGGAGUCUACCGACCCGCUGAGACGAGAAUGAAAGACUGGGAAGAGAUCUACAAUUUUGAACACGUCCGACGGGGUCUCAGGGUGCAGGCGGCAAGGUGCAUGGACUGUGGGGUACCCUUCUGCCAGUCCGCACACGGGUGUCCCCUUGGCAACAUCAUCCCGCGAUGGAACGACUUCGUCUUCCACGGGGAAUGGAAGGAAGCCCUUCAUCAGCUUCUGCAAACCAACAACUUCCCCGAGUUCACGGGAAGAGUGUGCCCGGCGCCUUGUGAGGGAGCCUGUGUCCUGGGGAUCAACGAGCCGGCAGUUACGAUAAAGAACAUCGAAUGUGCCAUCAUCGACCAUGCGUUUGAACAGGGCUGGAUAAUCCCCCAACCUCCAAAAAUCCGAACUGGGAAAAAAGUGGCUGUAAUUGGCAGUGGUCCAGCCGGUCUCGCUGCUGCUCAUCAGCUCAAUAAGGUGGGUCACUUGGUGACCGUGUUUGAGCGGAAUGACAAUAUCGGAGGAUUGUUGGAGUAUGGAAUUCCGACGAUGAAGCUAUCGAGAAAGGUAGUUCAGCGACGGGUGGAUCUCAUGGCCGAGGAGGGCAUCAUCUUCCGCACGAAUGCUAACAUCGGCAAGGACAUUCCUACCAAGGAAAUCUAUGAUGGAUAUGACGCAAUGGUCCUCUGUCUGGGAGCUACCUGGCCUCGGGACCUUCCCCUACCGGGAAGGAAUCUGAAUGGGAUUUAUUUCGCCAUGGAUUUCCUGGAGACAUGGCAGAAAACUCAAAUGGGUACCAAUAUAGAUUUCGAAAAGUACUCGGCCAAGGGGAAAAAAGUGAUGGUGAUCGGUGGUGGAGAUACCGGCUGCGAUUGCAUCGCCACCUCUCUCCGCAUGGGUGCGGAGGAGAUCAAGACAUUGGAGAUCCUGCCUAAGCCUCCGCCGCAUCGGGGAUCUGACAACCCAUGGCCUCAGUGGCCCAAGGUCUUCAAGGUCGACUAUGGCCACGAUGAGGUUAAGGUCAAGUUUGGGCGGGACCCUAGGCUCUACAACACCAUGACCAAGGAAUUCCUGGAUGAUGGGAAUGGGAAUGUGAGGGGGGUUCGGACGGUGAAGGUAGAAUGGCGGAAAGACGACCGAGGUCGAUGGGAGAUGAAGGAAGUGGAAGGCUCGGAAGCUGUCCACGAGACUGACAUGGUCCUUUUGGCCAUGGGAUUCCUUGGACCUGAAAAGGACAUCAUUGACCAGCUCUCUCUUCAACUAGAUCCUCGAUCUAACAUCAACACCCUCGAUGGCCAAUAUUCCACCUCCAUCCCUCGGGUUUUUGCCGCAGGAGAUUGUCGGCGGGGUCAGUCGUUGGUGGUGUGGGCAAUAAUGGAGGGUCGACAGGCGGCGAGAGAGAUUGACCUCUUCCUCAUGGGGGAUUCGAGCUUGCCCGGUCCCGGUGGGGUCAUCCAGAUACUUCAUCCUCAAGGAUGAAGGAAACAAAAACACUCCACAUCCUUUCCAUCUCUUAGAUAGUAAAUAAUCUUCUCUGCAUGUCUUCCCAUCUUCCUACCUGCUCGUGAGCUCCUCCUUCGCCAAUUCGGUGUCGUAGACAGGCAAAAGGAAAGAAAGACUUAGGAAAACUCAAGACGCCAAGGAUUACGGAAAACUCAGUGCUUCCUAUGCAGUGCGUUAUCUCUGUUUUUCCAGUCAUCCGUGUGAAUUUUCUGAGUCCCUCGUCUCUGUCUAUAUUCAGUCUCUUCGUGCGUCUCAUAGCUGCAAAAAUUAUUGGAGUUCAAACGUGGUUCCCCUAGAAGAGUCCUCGUGUCGUUUGUUCAACAGUUGAGAGGCUACACAGUGCAUUAUAUGCAGAAAGUAUUGUGUCCUGUUGAUGAAUGUCCUGUUAUUGAAAAGUCGUGCCCUGUUAAAUGGAUUUGGAAUGCUGUGAUGGAAUAAGAUGUCAUGAAUGGAAUAAAGUGCUCAUAAUCCC